AUGAAAGACCAAAACAACAACAACGUCAAAGAAAAUGACGCCAUCCACAACAUCAACAAAAAUGGCGUAAUCAACAACAACAACAACAACAACAUCGACGAUGACGACAACAUGAUUAUCGAGAAUGCUCAAUUCGAAAUCAACCCGAACAAAAAACAACAACAAAGCGUAAACGGCAACAUCAACAACGACAUCAACAACAAAAACAACAACAACAACGACGACAUCAACAACAUCAACAACAACAACAACUUCAAAAACAACAACAGCAACAAGUUACCGUUCCUACUAACCAGUGCAUUAAUGGUUGUAUUGGUUGCUGUCUUACUGGCCAUAUUCCUACUCUGCUACUGCAUCUUCGUAAAUUAUUUCAACAAAAAGAGCUCGUGCAAGCGAAAUUAUAAGCAAAAAAAGUUUCCUAAACGAUAUUCUCACGAUAAAAAAUACUGUAGUAAGUUAUCGAAAAGAGCCAUUGAUGACGACGUUGUGGUCGCUACCUCGACCACUUCCGCUGACGUCAUUUCUAAAUUAGAACUACAAAAACCGUUUUUAUCCGAUUCGAAGAAACCCGACGCGGAAAAAAAUAUAAAUAGUUGUUAUUAUAACACAAAUUAUAAUGUGAAUAAUAAAAAUAAUAAUCAUAAUUAUCUUAGUAAUAAUAAGAAUGAUAAUAAAUACAACGAUGAUAAUGAGUGUGUGAACAACAACAAAAAAGUCGCGUCCCAGAAAGCAAGUAACAACUCAAGCAACAACGCAAGAAACUGCGUUAAAGGCUGCAACAAUAAUGACAAAAGUGUCAACAACAACAUAUCGACCAACAGUACAUCAACCAACAACACAUCAACCAACAACUUAAACCACGGGCCAACAAACACCCACGACAUAAACAACAACAACAACAAUAACAACAAAAUAAACACACCAUCCAACCAAAAAAUCGGGUUAAAGGUCACCAAUAAAAAUAACACAGUUUCUUUUUCGGAUCCGACGCAUCUAAAACCAGCAAAUACGUCAUCAACAUCAACAACAACAUGCCAAAAACUACAAAACCAGGCAAAAAACAAAGAUGGCGUCGAAAAUAGGAUUGGCGAGCGAAUUAAUAAUUCAAACGAUUUUAAAAAUAAUGAUUACAACGUGCGGUACCUAAAAUCCGGUGGGGAUAUUUCACUAAUUCCGGCACGAGAUGUCAAUCAUGAAGGGCCCAGACGUGUAUACACGUGGACAGAUUUUUGA